AUGGCCGCCGUCACCGAACUUCCAAAGAUGAACCAAGAGCUCGCCGGAGCCGUUCGUGAAGGAUUGGAGCUCAAAAAGGUGGAGACCAACGAGAAAAACAUCUUGCCAACCAAGGAGGAUGUCGAAGUCGAAAAGCAACACGUGGAGCGCAUCCACGAGAUCGAGAGCUUCGAUUCCACCAAGCUCCAUUCGACUCCAGUCAAGGAGAAGGUCGUUCUUCCAUCUGCUGAGGACAUCAAGCAAGAGAAACAGCACCAAGAGCUCACCGAUGGAAUCCAAAACUUCCCAUCGGAGAAUUUGAAGAAGACUGAGACCACUGAGAAGAACGUUCUUCCAUCUCCAACUGACAUUGCUCGUGAGAAGACUCUUCAGAUGGCUGCUUCGUUCGACAAGAGUGCUCUCCAUCACGUCGAAACUGUCGUUUCCAACGACGUUCGUGUCACCGACGCCCAAUAA